AUGGCUCAGGUGGUGUCCCCCGCCGUGGCGUCGGGACCUGGUCAGAACGAGGGUCGUUGUCGUUCGGAGAUGGAGAUGUAUUUAGAAACCGGAGUUGGUUCAUCUCCGGAGCCUUCAGCGUCAAGUUGUAACCGGACUUCUGGUCGAUGGUCGCAACAGCCCGGGAGUGUUUGUCUCCCAUCAGAUCGACGCCUUACCGUCACUAUGCGUUCGUCAUGGAUUGGCGAAACUUGA